UACGAGUAUCAAUUAAAAAACUGAAAACUUGUGUGUGCAAUUAUUUUAAAACAAAAUAAUUAUAUGGAUUGGAGUUAAUAUAAUUCAAAUAAGUUUAAACAUUAAUCAAAAUAAUUACACUAAUUUUUUAAUUAUUCCAUAUAUAACCAAACCCUACUUCCCAACUUUUUAAAGGCCCCUUGUCCUCAAACCCUUCCUUAUAAAGGCACACCCCUUACCUUCAUUACCACACCUUCAUCUCUGGCCUCCUUUCAUUUUUAUUCUUCAUCUUCAAUUCAAUUCAUUACCAACUAAGUAACAAAAAAAUGGGGAGAGGAAAGAUUGAGAUAAAAAGAAUAGAAAACACAACAAACAGGCAAGUAACUUACUCUAAGAGAAGAAAUGGAAUCAUCAAGAAAGCUUCUGAAAUUACUGUUCUUUGUGAUGCUAAGGUUUCUUUGGUUAUCAUUACUAACACUGGCAAAUUGCAUGCUUACCAUAGUCCUACUACCUCGGUGGAAGAUAUACUUGAAGAAUACCACAGGAUUUCUAGCAAUAGGCUUUGGGAUGCUAAACAUGAAAAUCUGAGCAACGAGAUAGAGAGGAACAAGAAAGAGAAUGACAAUAUGCAUAUUGAACUCAGGCACUUGAAAGGAGAGGACAUUGCAACAUUACCCUUCACAGAAUUGAGGCAGCUAGAGGAUGCUCUUGAACAUGGUAUUACUAGUGUACGCGACAAGGAGAUGGAAAUCUACGAGAAGCUCCAAAAGAAUGUAAGGAGGCUUGAGGAGGAGAGAAAGGAGCUCACUUAUGUAUUGCACUGUCAGCACAAGCAAGAAGUGAUGGAAGGAGAUAUGGGUGAAAUUGAGGGUGGUGUAUGCAUUAAUCCACAGGAUAGAGACUAUCGUUACCAGAUACCGCCUUUCGGACUAUCAAUGCAACCAAAUUUCCAUGAUAGGAUGUAAAAUGAACUUCAAUAGUUCAAUUGCUGCUGCUGCUGCUACUUCUACUUCUGUUCUUCGUAUCAAAAUUAUGGAUCGGAUCGGAUCGUAUAUGCAAGUGACAAUACAAUUCUUAACAAAUGCUAGCAAGCUAAUAUGUGUGUGUUGUGUAAUGUGUAAGGAUUUAUUUCCUGAAUUGAUUGAUCUUCCUAAUUAAGCAACUCUCUAUGCUAGAGUGCUGUAAUUUACUUCGUAUGUGAAUUUAUGCAUUAUUAGCUUGUUGGUCGUAUAAUUUAACUUGGUAAUAUAUAAUUCAAAAGCAACUUUGGCUAAGAACAUGAUUUUUUUUUUAAAGUAAAUUAGUUCACUGAUAGAAUAGUUAAAUGACAUCUACAACAAAAUUAAAACUAGCAAUACACGAUUAAUAGAAUCAAAUAGGAAAAAUGUAAUCUAAUAAUCCCACCUUUAGUCGGUCUUCCAUAAAUAAUCCCACCUUUUAAAAUUCCCGAAACAAUCCCACCUUUAACAUGGAUCUUCCAUUAACGAUCCCUGACCGGUUGAAUUGUUGUGGUAACCGGUUUUCUUAGGUUUUAUGACACAUGUUGAUGUUUAAUAGGUUUAUUCUUUUUUUUUUUUCCAAUUAAAAAAAAUAAAAUAAAAGUAAUUACAAAAAAAAACAAAACCACCGCCGCAUCCCUUCCCCGGCAACAAAACUCAGGCGUCAUCCCCACCCCUCCACAACAAUGUGUCACAGCCGCAUCCCUUCCCCGGCAACCCAACUCAGGCAUCAUCUCUUCCCCGGCAACCCUAAUGGACGAGUGAUUGAUUUAAUCAUCACCACGCGUCUUUCUUUUUGGUCGUGCACUUCAUUAUCACCACGCAUCAUCAUCAAUGAUCCUCAACAUCUUUCAUCAAUGGUUUAAGCUCAAUCAUGGCAGUUGGAUUGAUUCAAUUUCAUUCAUACCGUACAAUUUCACACGCGAAAUAUGGUUUUGGGUAAUGAUGUUCAGUUCAUGUGGGGGUUAGGGUUUCAAAUGGGGUCGGGUUUCAGCUAAGGUAGGUGAGGGUGGGGCUGCAACUAGGGGAAAUGGUUGGGUUGGUGGAUUGAACUUGCCGCGGCAAAAGAAGUCAUGGUUGGUGGAGGAAUGUGUGGGUGUUAGGGGGUUGUUGGUGGAGGAAUGUGUGGGUGUUAAAGGGUUGCUGGUGGAGGAGUGCGUGGGUGUUAGAGGGUUGCUGGUGGAGGAAUGUGUGGGUGUUAGAGGGUUGCUGGUGGAGGAGUGCGUGGGUGUUAGAGGGUUGCUGGUGGAGGAAUGUGUGGGUGUUAGAGGGUUGCUGGUGGAGGAGUGCGUGGGUGUUAGAGGGUUGCUGGUGGAGGAGUGUGUGGGUGGCAGGGGGUUGCUGGUGGGGUUUUUGUGAGGGUUGUGCUUGGAUCUGGGUGACUGGUGGCUGGUAAGGAUUGAGGAGGUAGUGGUUUGGGUGGCAGCUCAGUUGGUAAACAUGGAGGGAGGUGGGAGGAGAUGAAUUAAUAAAAUAAAAUAAAAUAAAAAAAGUUUGACCGGUUUAACCGGUAAUAGGUUAAAAGGAUCGUUAGUGGAAGAUCCAUGUAAAAGGUGGGAUCGUUUCUGGAAUUUCAAAAAGUGGGAUUGUUUAUGGAAUACCGACUAAAGGUGGGAUUAUAAUUAGAUUACAUUUUUCCAAUCAAAUAAGAAUCUAAUCAACCAAAACUAACCACGAUUGUUUUUAUGAGAUCCGACGUUGAUGAAUAUUUAGUGAGUAAAUUGUCAUGUGUUGAAUAUUCAGUUGUCCAUUGUAUUAAUUAUUACUAAAGCGAGAGUUUUGGAGGAUUAAUUUUUUUUUUUUACUACAACUAAUAAAAAUAAGACAUGUAACACUAUAAACCACUCAAACCU